AUGACCUGGGAUUUCGAACAGAGAGGUUAUAACGCUAAGCUAUUGGAUGCAAUGAGAUACCAUGUGCCAGGAGAUCAUCUGGGAUCUGUCACCUUACUGAAUGUUUCUGCUGAUACAUCAGGGCUUUAUCGCUGCACUGUCUCUAACUUGCUGGGAUCAGGAUCCUGCUCUUUGGAACUUCAUGUAGAAAUUGUAUCUAGCAGUGGAUCUGGAAUCAUUGUUGGCAUUACAGUAACACUUACCAUGGGACUCAUUCUUCUGACGUUGUUUGCUUUGCUUCUCUGGUUACACCACAGUGGCAAACAUAAAUGGGUGAGAGAAAAAGACAAAGAUAAAGAAGAAGAAGGCUCUUACAAUGAUAUCAGCGUCGAUGCUAUUUCUCCAGGAAGGCUGAUGACUUCUAAGAGACCCUACCUUGGAACAAUGUCAACUAGUAGAUCUUUUGGUCAUUUUGGGACAUUUGAUCCGCCAGGGUCCCAGAGGUUUAACCCUCUCUGUCGUGCAUCGGGAAAUGCUGAUGAACUGCAGUUCAGUUCCUGGCAUCGUCUUUCUGUACCAUUCAGCUAUGAGGAUUGGGUUUCAAAUCAACUUCGAGCCAAGGCAUCCAAAACAGACUUAUCAUAUAAUGAAGACUCACUUUCAGGGAGUAGUGAAGCUGAUAAGGAAGAAAUGCAGUUGUUUUCAUCAGGACAAGAUGUGAAUGUGACAUCCCCAUUGUCAUUCAAACCAGAUACAAAGUCUUCUCACCUCCAGACUGGAUACUUAGUGUGAAAUCAAAAAAAAAAUGGAGCUUGUAUGACUAGUAUCCCAAUACUAGAAGCUCUUUUUCACAGAGCAGCCUCUCCCGGAAGGUGUUCAUACUUAGCCUCAACUAAGCCCCUAGUAUAGACCGUGGACAGUUCUUUAUAAACAAGGUUAAUGGAGAAUUUUCUGAACCACAUUUCACUCAAUGUUUUUUUCUGGACUUGAAACUACAAGGAAACCAAGAAGGCAAUGUAAAAAUACUUUUUUUAAAAAUAUAUUUCUAAAUGUAUACCAUUGCAAAUUUUGUAAUCUCUGUAUGUGUUUUUGAUGUUUUUGUUGCUGAUCAAAACUGUAUUUCACUGACAAGCUACCCUAAGCCAGGUAGAGAGACAAGUAAGCAGGCAUUUUUUUGGGAGGUUGUUGCUAUACAAGUAGUGCAGAUUAACUGCAGGUUAAAUUCAUAUUUGUAGCUGACUCAGUUUAGAAGAACAGAACAUCAGCUCAAACUAAUUUGAAUUAAAGGUCAUACUCUCUAACCAAUUUAAUUUGCUCCAUGGUGGUUUUAUUUACUUAUUUAACAUUUAUUUACCAGGAAAAUCUGACUG